AUGAUCACUCCAUGUCUUCGACUGAGAAAGUUGCCCACUGUCAAUGUGACUAGAAGAUAUCUUAGCUCGAUCACAAAGUUUGAUACUAAGAAGUUUGUCCAAUCGCUCCAGGUGAACGGUGGAUUCACUCAACAACAGGCAGAAACCGCGGUGAACAUUGUCAACAAGGCUAUCAAUGACGGGAUCUUCUCGAUAACCCAGAACCUCGUGACGAAGGAAACGCUUUCGUCCACUGCAUACCAGCAAAAGGUCGACUUUGCCAAGUUGAAGGGAGAACUUCAAACUAUGGAUAAAUCAGAGUUCACCAAUCUUAAGAAGGAACAAGAAAAUCUCCGCACCGAUUUGACAAAUUUGAAGAACCGUUUGAAAGAGGAAAUAACGAAAAACCAAGCAGGUGUAAGACUUGAUCUUAAUUUGGAAAAGGGAAGAAUAAGAGAGGAGAGUUCAAUCCAUGAGCUGAAGAUUGAAGAUACAUACACGAGAAUUGAUGAAGAAAUCGCCAACAUGCAGAUGCAAAUCAAGUCAGUCAAGACACAAGUCAUGCAAUGGUUGAUUGGUGUAUCGUCCGGUACAUUUGCCCUUCUACUUGCGUUUGUCCGGUUUUUCGGCUAA